AAAAUGUAAACAAACCCAAGGUUGGAAGGGAAGUGGGGACGCUAUCAACAAUCAAUUGGGAAUACGAGAGACUGACAAUGUCUUCUAGAGGAGCAACUGCAACAGCGUCAGGUGGACCCAAUGAGGUCAUCACAAAGCAAAUCACAAGUGACUGGGAGAACAGAGAGUAUAUUGAGGUGAUCACAAGCAACGUGAAGCGCAUAGCUGAUUUUCUGAACAGUUUCGACAUGUCUUGCCGGUCUAAGCUAAGUCAACUGAACGAGAAACUCACAACACUGGAGAGGCGCAUUGAAUACUUAGAAGCUCGUGUCACCAAAGGAGAAACUUUGAAUUAGUGGGAGAAACUAAAUUUUUCAUUGAUUUAUUUCCUUAGUGAGCAAUGGAGUUACAAGAUUAUGAUUACUGUCAGUAAAUACGACUUGCACUGCUUAAGAUCAGAAAAACAUUUCAUAUGUAUAAACUCAACUUGAAGGAGGAUAUUGAUGUUAAAUAAAUGUAUGCGGAAUGCACAAGCAUCGCUAUGAGUUCUGAUUUAUCUUGAUAAUAGAAUAAAUUAUGUUGCCUCCAGUAAAUGAUUAUGGAUAAAAUGCAGUACUUGGGUUACCUUCUGUUGGCGAACCACUUGAAUUUAUUGCUUAGUGCUGCUAAACAGAACAAUGAAUGGUGAAAUAAUAUAUUUUGCAGAUAUUGUCAAACCUUAGGCCAGUCUGCAUAUCUGAUACAACUCACCUAAAUAAUCUGUGAUCCAAGAUUGCAUCUGCCAUCAGCAUUUCUGGCAGUUCAUUUACUUACUAUGUAUUUUUUUUUGUCACACCACAUCUCAGUUCUUAGUUUUACAACUGAUAAGUUUGCUUAAACAUUUAUUAAGUAAGCAUACUGAAGUUAUUAAGUUACUUUAUUCAGUCAUUUUGUGUAAUAAAGAUAAAAAGUUGAGAGUAA